AUGACCCCACCACGGCCCUCUAGUAUUCCGGCUACCGCGGCGGCUUCCUCGAGCUGCGAAGUUCCUCCUCGCCCCGAUGCCCAGAUGGGUGAUAACGUCAUCUGGUGGUCUGAACUCAUAGGGCUGAAUGACCCUAUGAACAACAGCGUCACCGUGCUCUCCGACCAGACGGUGGAAACCAUCAUCUCGAAUAUCAGGGAGAUGACGGUGGAACACCGCGCCUAUAUGCUCUCAGAGCUCAUCCCGUUCUUGGGUGCACUGAUGGCCGAGCUCCUCAGGGCCAUUGCCACAGCCAUCCAGCAAAGCCAGAACGAGGUGGUGGCGGUACCAGUUGACGACGAGGACGAAGCAGUGCAUCAGUGCAGUAUGAUCCGGCAGUCCCUUUUGGAGACCUCACGACAACACCGGGAUCGCUUUGAACGCCUGGAGGCUCUGGUUGCGACCUAUGCUGGUGAAUGUGAGGAAACGCCACUGUCGUUGCAGGUGUGGGGAGAACAUCAGCUCCAAGCUCUCGUGCCGUACCUAGGGGGUGGCGCUGGAAAAACUCCGCAAGUGAACAACCAGACUGAAGGGCAUGCAAGUGGGGCACCUACUGCAAGCAGGGCUGCGAGUUCGACAGACGUGGUGGUCGUUGACGACUCUAGUGGGAUGGCCCCCCUAGAGGCGCUGGAGGUCCCAGAAUACCGAGUCCAGCGUGCACCUGACGGCCCAUGGCUACCUGCGAGCGAACAGGAAGCUGCGGAAUUCAGAGCACAUGAUCAGGCGAUCAGAGAGCAGGCCCUGCAGCAGGAGAAGCUGGAUGAAGAAAACUUCCAACAAUUCGAGGCGGCGCUCAGCCAGAAAUGGGAUGACUGGGCCAUACGGUCGGAGCUGGACAGGGAAACACCCUGUCACCAGGUUGGUGAGGCACAAGUGGAAGGUACGAUGGAAGCCGGCCAACAGCCAGUGGUGUCUUUCCAGGUCACGGAAACCUUGCUGGGAACGACAGAAGAUCCUGCUCUGGAAGUUGGACCGGCAGCUGUGGCGUUGCAUGCGAGCCCCCAACUGGCGGAGUUUGAUGCGGAGUGCAUGCCUGGCAUCCCGGAUGCAAUGAAAGCAUUCAUGGCUACGAGGGAAGCCAGAUAUUGGCUGCACCAAUUCAUGGAGGGCAUGGCAACGGAGGACAUGAUUUCCAAUAGGUUCGGGAUGGCAGUGCUCGAGACCUUCCAGAUGUGGAUCGCCAUCCGGGAUGACGUGGACAUGCAGGUCAGGAACUGUGGGGAUACUGUGAGAGGCAUAGCUGACGCCGCAUAUGAAGAAGGUGAAGAGGGAUCAGAAGCCACCACUGUUGCGGUGGGAAGGGAUGAGGAAGCAGCAGACACCAUGCUGGCCAGGAAGGGCUACAUAGAACCGACUGGUGAAAAUGCCGGCGCGAGGGACAGUGAGCACGAAGAAAGCCAAGAACGCGAAGCUGAUGAAGUGGCGGCCGUGGCACCUGGAGUGAUCUCGGAGGACAGGGAGGGCCAAGUCGGAGUUACAGCUGAGGCGCUGGUGGCAACAGGUGCUGAGGGUGUCGCUGGCAUGGAUGAAAUGGUCGGUCAUGGUGUCCCUGAUGACCGUGAGUCUGAGCACGUCACGGAUGAGGCUGUUGAGGGACAUGGUGAAGCCAGGGAAGAAGAUGACCAGAUUGACCCGCUCACGGGCAUCCCAGCCAAGUGGGCAGCGUUCUGGAGAGCCACCAACGCGAAUGCAAGCAUUGGUGCUGGUUUGCCGGGGCCCUCUGAGCUCGCAAGAGGAGGGUCUCUUAGUGAUGGCUUGGACACCCUGCCGGGAAACACGCUGGCCAGCUCCGCACAACAGGAGAAUAUCGAGGAGAUGCAGACCUCGGCAGCGGCGGCGACGUCCUCCUCUGACCCCCACACAACGAGCUCCUCUGAUGGUAAGCGGCAAACUGAUCUGAAAGAUUGGUUGAAGUAG